GCCGCUCAUCAUCCAUCAACAUCAAUUCAACCUCCACCAUCGAACCUCAUCGCGGCGACUUCCAUCGUGCUUUGUCGCCAUUCUACACAAUCAACAAGCUUGAAGUUCGGCCAAGCGAUCGGCGGCAAGAUGCAAACUUACCGAAACUAUCAAGCGAACCAGCAUGCGACGUCGGCGAGACGAGGUCCUGGACCAAUGGUCGCACCACCUCAGGCACACGCCGGCCAACCGGCUUUGACUCCUGCGCAAAUUCAGGCGCAACACUUGGAGGCCCUCCGUAGACACGAUCUGGCGCGCAGACAAGCCAAGAAGCCGACCGACCGCGAUAUCCCGGACGAGAUUAGCGAGGCUGUGGUGGGAGAUGGAGUCGAGCGAUACAGGAAGCUACGCGAGGUGGAGCGCAAACUUGACGCAGCCAUGAUGCGCAAGAGAUUGGACAUCAGCGACAACCUUCAGCGACGGUACACAAGAAAAGAGGGAAUUCUGCGGGUAUGGAUAUCCAACACAGUAGAGGGACAGCCAUGGCAAGCAUUGGAAGACGGGAUCGGCAAUGACGAUGGCAUGUUUGAGUUGGGCGAGAACCAGGCGACGUAUCGGGUGAAGAUUGAGGGACGUUUACUGGACGACUCUGAGGAGGAAGAGGACGACAAGCCAGCCACCGCACACCGACCACGCCUCAGCUCGUUCUUCAAAGCCAUCACAAUCGACUUUGACCGCAACCCGAACCUUCAGCCAGACGGUACCAGUCAGAUCGAAUGGAGGAAACCUCAACCCGGACCGCAGAACCCGAACUACGAUGCCAAUAGUGCAGAGGCAGCCUUCGACACUCUGGAGUUUACGCGGAAAUCUGACGAGCCGAUCAAUGUGACGAUCAACCUCGUUCGAGACGAGAAGAGUGAGCGCUUUAGGUUGAGUCCAGAACUGGCUGAAAUUCUGGACACAGAGGAGGAAGACCGCGCUGGCGCUGUGCAGGGCGUAUGGGAGUAUUGUCGAGCAAUGGGGCUUCAAGAGGAUGACGAUAAGAGGAAGAUCAUUUGCGACGAACCGUUAAAGAGGCUCUUCAAGGCGGACCAAGUAUAUUUCCCAUACGUUCCAGAUCAUCUACAACAUCACCUGCACCCGCUCCCGCCAAUUCAACUUCAAUACACUAUCCGUGUCGACAAGCCAUACAUCACGGGCACACCGAAUCCCGAACUGGAUGCAGAAGAUGAAGAUUCGACAGAGAUGAAACCAUGUCGACCGACCGUCUACGACAUUCGAGUACCACUCCCCAACCCUCUCCACCACCAACUCACCCGCUUCCACACCUCGAAAGCACACAUCGGUGAUCUUCAAACCAUCGUCAACACCGACGACGACCUCGCCUUGCUGGUCCAGAAGAUUCACCAAACGAAUGCCAAGCGCAAGUUCUACGACAAUCUGGCCAAGGACCCGACGUCCUUUAUCAAGCGCUGGGUCAGCAGUCAGCAGAGAGAUCUGGAGGUCAUCCUUGCGGAAGCGACGCGUGGAGGAGGCGAGGACGCCAACGGCGAGGAGUUCCGUCGCGGUGGAAAGGAGGGCGUGUGGGGAACUGAUCUUGCAAAGGAGAGUGUUGGCUUGUGGUUGGCUAGGAACACCAAGGCGCAUUGAUCUGCCGGCUUGUGUCGUCCUGCGUUGGUAGGUAGGCCAGAUUGGGAUCGUUUAGCGUGGAGCAAGGCGUGUUUGAAGAGCUACGGAAUGCCAGGAUAAGGCAGCUAUAGGAGACAGCGACACAAUAACAUAUUUUGUGCCGC